AUGGCCGCCGCGGGGACGCAGCAGCUGGGUCGGCUUCUCGGCGGUCUCUGGUUCCUGGCCGCGUUGUUGCGGCCGGGCAGCGCUGCGGCGGCCGGGCAGCCGUCGGUGGCCACCGUCGAUGCGCGGCUCGCCGUCGCGGCGACCGGGGAGGACUUCGUGUGCGCGACAUUGGACUGGUGGCCGCCGGACAAGUGCGACUACGGCACCUGCGCCUGGGGCCGCGCCGGCCUGCUCAACCUGGAUCUCUCCAACAAGGUCCUGCUCAAUGCCGUCAGAGCCUUCUCGCCGCCGCUGGUGCUCCGCCUGGGAGGGUCGCUGCAGGACAAGGUGGUGUACGGCACCGCGGACCUCGGCGGGCGGCCGUGCGCGCCGUUCGCCAAGAACGUGUCGGAGAUGCACGGCUUCACCCAGGGCUGCCUGCCCCUGCGCAGGUGGGACGAGCUCAACGCCUUCUUCCAGAAAUCUGCUGCCAAGAUUGUGUUCGGGCUCAACGCGUUGAAUGGCCGCGUUCCGUUGCCUGAUGGAUCCGUGGGAGGGCCAUGGGAUUACACCAAUGCGGCGUCACUGAUUCGGUACACCGCGAACAAGGGCUACCGAAUUCAUGGGUGGGAGCUUGGAAAUGAACUCAGUGGUACUGGAGUAGGAACUCGGGUUGGCGCGGACCAAUAUGCUGCAGAUGUGAUCGCCCUAAAAAAACUAAUCGACGACAUAUACCGAAGCAAUCCAUCAAAACCAUUGGUGCUUGCUCCUGGAGGAUUCUUUGACCAAGCCUGGUUUAGCCAACUUAUUGACAAAACCAAGCCAAAUCUACUGAAUGUGAUCACCCACCACAUUUACAAUUUAGGACCAGGAAAGGACACGCAUCUGAUUGACAAGAUCCUCAAUCCAUCAACCCUCGACGGAAUGAUAGGCACAUUCAGCAAUCUUCAGGGGAUGCUGAAAUCCGUAGGAACAUCGACCGUCGCAUGGGUUGGGGAAGCUGGAGGCGCUUACAACAGCGGACGGCACCUUGUCACUGAUGCAUUUGUGUUCAGCUUCUGGUUUUUAGAUCAGCUUGGGAUGUCAGCAAAGUAUGACACAAAGAGCUACUGCAGACAGAGUUUGAUUGGUGGCAACUACGGCCUGCUAAAUACCACAACGUUCCAACCAAACCCUGACUAUUACAGUGCUUUACUGUGGCAUCGCCUCAUGGGAACCAAAGUUCUAGCAACAACAUUCAGCGGCACGAACAAGAUCCGCGCAUAUGCGCACUGCGCAAGAGAUUCAGUAAGCAAUUCAGUACCUAUUUCAUCAGCAACAUCACAUCGGCAGCCAAAAAAACCUUCAUCUCCUAAAGAAUUCACGCUCAAUCUUUACUCUGCGUGCGUCCUCCUCGUCCAGCCAGGAAUCACUCUACUGCUGAUCAACCUCAGCGGCAACACGACGACCCAGGUCUCAGUGACGGUGACGACCCAAGGGAUGGUGGCGGCGCACAAGCAUGGCGCAAGGAAGCACGUCGGCGGCAGGAAGUUCCGGCACGUCCACGGCCCCAGCUUCACCGGCGUCGACGAGGCAGCCGGCGCCGUGAGAGAUGAGUACCAUCUCACCCCCAAGGAUUGCAACCUGAGGAGCCAGGUCAUGCUGCUGAACGGCAGGGCGUUGGCCACCGACGCGGCGGGGAACAUCCCGACACUGGAGGCUGUCAAGGUGGAUGCGGCACAGCCCAUCGCUGUGGCCCCGUACUCGAUCGUGUUCGCUCGCAUUUCACAUUUCAAUGCCCCGGCAUGUAGUUAG